UAAAUGGUGGUGCAUGCAAACUCCAGUUGUAAACAAAUUAUUCCAAAAUGAUUGUUUACAUUUCUCAUUUAUGAAAAAGUGUAUAAGAUUUCGUAACAAUUUAGCAUAAAUGCAUAGUGUACAACACACGUGGAAAUCAUCUUAUACUUAAAGCGGAAAAGAAUGAAUUAAGCUUCCAUUCUUCAAUCCUUCCCAAGAAUAUAGAAUGGUAUGGGGGCACGUUGUCGUCUGUGUGCCGAAAUAUAUGAAGAGCUGGUGGAAGUUUUGGAGGAAGUCGACUUACCUGCUAAGAUUUUUCAAUUUUUCCGAAUUAACAUCGUAGCCGCAGAUCGACUGCCCACGACCAUCUGUCAGAAAUGUUACGAGACCAUAUACGCCACAUGGGAUUUUAAUGAAAGAAUUCAAAGAGCUCAAGAGCUACUGACCCUCGAAGAUGCCAAUAAAACCGAUUUUGCCGGUCCCUUGCAAAGUGUACCUGUCGAAAAAUCCAAUUCCGUCGUUGAAUGUGUGUUUGUUAAUCAAUGUGAUGAGUUGCAGAGUGAACCCAAAAAUAAGGUCAAACUUAAAAAAAGAACUUCCAUAAGCUCGGACUCUGAGGAUCUACUCUCAGGUACGAGUGAUGCCGAAUGGCACGAAGAUGGCAGUGUCACCUUACGUCGGUGCUUAGAGGGUUGGGAUCAGUAUCCAUGGACUUGCUCGGAUUGUCAAGAAGCUUUACCUAACGCAGAUGCUCUUAAAGAUCAUCAUAGUCUCGUGCAUGACCAGCCACCGAAGUAUGUGUGUGCAGAAUGCCCAAAAAUGUAUACAAAAUACAGUACAUUUGUUGGGCACGUUCGCACUCAUCGAGAUCAUCUUCGAUUUUGCUGUGAUGUUUGUGGCAAAUGGUACGGAACGAGCCGUGCUCAGGAGCAACACCGGGCCUCGCACUAUGAACAAAAGCCUCACACCUGCACAACUUGUGGAAAACGGUUUCGAGUACAAUCUUCUCUGUUGGUACAUGCCCGAUCGCAUUUACCCGCAGAGGUCAAAAAUAAGCAUCAAUGUGAUCAGUGUCCGAAACGUUUCGGAACCAGACCGAAUCUAAUGGCGCAUAAACGGAUACACUCGGGUAUUCGUGACUUCACUUGCGAUCAGUGCGGCAAAAGUUUUGUGCAAAAAGGCAAUUUAGACAAUCACAUGCUGACUCACACCGUGGCUCGACCGUUCACGUGUCACGCCUGUGGGAAAGCAUUUAAAACCGCCGUUCGGUUACGAAAACAUAGUUCUGUACACUCCGGUCUAAAACCUCACCAAUGCGACGUAUGCGGGCGACAGUUCCGAGAGAGAGGAACUUUAAAAGAACAUCAUCGCAUUCACACCGGCGCCAUGCCGUUCACUUGUGAAUAUUGUGGCAAAUCAUUUCGGUUUAAAGGUGUUUUGACGACACACAGGAGACAGCAUACCGGCGAGAGACCUUACUCGUGCCUCGAGUGUCAGCAUCACUUCACCAACUGGCCGAAUUACAAUAAACAUAUGAAACGUCGGCACGGUAUCAACACCAGCGUUACUGUUCGUAAACCACAAUCCAUUCCUCCCACCGGUAUGCCACAAAGAAAUCCUCCCGGUACUGUAUUAGCCCCGCCGCAACCGACAACAGUCACAAUGCUUUCCAGUGUUCCUCAUGCCACAGCGACAAUUACGGAUAAUUUCGCAGAGCCUCCCCCUUUCUACCCGGUCCUUAAUUUGUACAAUUUACCCGAAGAAUUGUUACAACAGCGUGUUUAAUUGUAUUAUCAAGCUUUAAUGUAGUAAAAUGUGAGUGAGUAUAAGUAAGACGUAUCGAACCAUCAUUUUAAAUUAUUAUUUGUAGAUUCAUAAUUGUAAUUAAUAAAACAAGGUGCUAAA